CCAAUCCAGUACGUGGCCUUCGCCUCGCUCUUCUUCAUCCUCAUCUCCAUCACCACCUUCUGCCUGGAGACGCACGAGGCCUUCAACCGCGUCAUCAACAAGACCGAGACGGUGGCCACGGCCAACGGCACGGGCACCACGCAGGUGGCCGUGGAGGUGGAGACCGAGCCCUUCCUCACCUACGUGGAGGGCACGUGCGUGGUGUGGUUCACCUUCGAGUUCCUCAUGCGCGUCAGCUUCUGCCCGGACAAGCGCGACUUCGUCAAGAGCAGCCUCAACAUCAUCGACUUCGUGGCCAUCCUGCCUUUUUACCUGGAGGUUGGGCUCAGGGGCCUGUCCUCCAAGGCGGCCAAGGACGUGCUGGGCUUCCUGCGGGUGGUCCGCUUCGUGCGCAUCCUGCGCAUCUUCAAGCUGACGCGGCACUUCGUGGGGCUGCGGGUGCUGGGCCACACCCUGCGCGCCAGCACCAACGAGUUCCUGCUGCUCGUCAUCUUCCUGGCCCUGGGGGUGCUCAUCUUCGCCACCAUGAUCUACUACGCCGAGCGCAUCGGCGCCGACCCCGACGACGUCACCGGCAGCCGCCACACCUACUUCAAGAACAUCCCCAUCGGCUUCUGGUGGGCCGUGGUGACCAUGACCACGCUGGGCUACGGCGACAUGUACCCCAUGACGUGGUCGGGCAUGCUGGUGGGCGCCCUGUGCGCCCUGGCCGGCGUGCUCACCAUCGCCAUGCCCGUGCCCGUCAUCGUCAACAACUUCGGGAUGUACUACUCGCUGGCCAUGGCCAAGCAGAAGCUGCCCAAGAAGAAGAACAAGCACAUCCCCAGGCCCCCCCAGCCCGGAUCGCCGGGGUACGGCUCGCCGGGGUCCGGGGUGGGACCCAACGGAGGAGGAGGAGGAGGAGGAGGAGGAGGAGGGAGCGGCACCGGCAGCCCCCGAGGGGCGCGAAGGGCACCCCCGGCCUGUCCCCUGGCGCAGGAGGAGGUGGUGGAGAUCAACAGGGCCGAAUCGCGGCCGAACGGCGAGGCGGGGCGGGCGGCGCUGGCGCAGGAGGAUUGUCCCCCCAUCGACCAACCCCUGUCCCCCGACGAGCGGCCCGGGGGGGCCGUGCUGGUGCUGGGGGGACCCCAAAACGGCCCCCCCGGAGGAGGAGGAGGAGGAGGAGGAGGAGGAGGAGGGGGAGGGGGUCGCGAGCGCUGCGGUCGCGACAGGGCCUGUUUCCUGCUCGGCCCCGACUACGCCCCCCCCCCAGAGGGACCCCUGAGGAAAG